AUGGCCAGCACCACCACCAUCACCUUCCCCACCGCGACCAUGGACGCCCGCUUCCUCGUCGUCCUGGGCGUCGCAUACCUCUUCUACGAAAUCCUCUCCGGGCUGCGGCGGGCGCGAACCCUCCCGCCAGGCCCAACGCCUCUCCCACUAAUCGGCAACCUCCACCAGCAUCCGCUGCACGAGCCCUGGGUGCAAUACAGCGCGUGGCACAAGCAGUUCGGCGACAUGGUGACCAUGAAGCUGGGCACGCGCACGGUCAUCGUGCUGGGCAGCCACAAGGCGGUGCAUGAGAUCCUCACGCGCCGCGGCAAGAUCUACUGCUCGCACCCGAAGCUGGUCUUCUUCCGCGACUGCAUGACCAAGAGCGGGUUCCCCGCGCUGCUGCCUUACUCCGUGCAGCGCCGCGAGCUGCACAGGCUCAUCGUCUCGGUUUUCACGCCCGUCGCGUGCAGGGCAUAUGCCGAGGUCCAGGAGCGUGAGAGUCUGCGCCUGAUUCGGGAGAUUCUACGCUCUCCUGGCAAUCUCAGACAUAUCUGGGGGUACUCGGUGGGUGUGUCCUCGACGCUCAUCUACGGCGAGCGCAUGAGCCCCGCGCAGGAGGCCGAGGUCGGCGAUAUUCAAGAGAUGUUCGAGGGGAUCCAGGAUGUUCUCUCCAAGGAAAACCUGGUUCUGGAGUUGUAUCCGUUCCUGAAUCUGCUUCCGGGCCCCGUGAACCGGUGGAAGAAGGCCGGCGAGAAGUUCCGGCAGCACAUCAUCGCGCUGUGGACGCGGCGCAUCCAGCGCGGGCUAACCAACGCCAACUGGAACUGGACGCGGAUCAUGAACGACAACAAGCCCAAGGCGAUGACGCCGGACCAGUUUCUCUUCCUCAUCGCGGAGCUCGAGCUCGCGGCGUCGCUGUCGACCUCGACGCUAAUCCGCAUGUUCAUCGCAACCGCGCUCAAGAACCCGGCCGCGACAAAGCGCGUGCAGGCUGAGAUCGACGCCGUCGUCGGCGCUGACAGGCUCCCCACCUUCGCGGACCAGGACAGCCUCCCGCUGCUGCGCGGGUUCAUCACGGAGAUGAUGCGCUGGAAGGCGAUCCUGCCGCUGUCAAUGCCGUACACGGGGCUCGAGGAGACCGAGUACAAGGGCUACCGGAUCCCCACGGACGCAUGCGUGAUCGCCAACCAGUGGGCGCUGAACAUGGACCCAGAGGUGUACGCAGAUCCGGAGAGCUUCAGCCCCGAGCGCUGGGUGAAGGAUCCGACGUUGCCGGAGCCGCCUGUGUUUGGGUUUGGGCGGCGGGUUUGUCCGGGCGAGACGUUUGGCAAGAACUCGAUGUUUAUUGCGUUUGCGCGCAUGCUGUGGGGGUUCGACAUUUGUCCGCCCGUUGAGGGGGAGAAAGGGUUGCCACCGGACCAGGCGCACACGGCGUUGGCGCUGAUUGCGAACUGGAGUACGGAUACUGUACGGUUUAUCUCGCGCAGCGAGGAUCGCGAGAAAAUCAUCGAGGGGAACUUUCGGACGCUGAUGCAGGAGGACAAGGCUUUGCUGGAGAGCGCGCAGCGGAGUGUCAGGCUGCACUUGCGGGAUUGA